AUGAUUCUUAUAGUAUCCUUUGUCACCUCCCAACUUUACCGGAUUCGCCAGGGAAGUCAUGAUUUUGGGGUCUCUUCACACCAUUGCAGGGGCAAAAGGGGCAUCUGCCCUGUGCUCCACGGGGGUUCACAACAACCCCCUAUUCAUGCCCCACAGCCUUUUAUUUUAAAUUCUCCUGAAUACGGCAGGCAGACGGCUCAUAGGCGGGGAAGCCUGAUAUGGGCGGACAGUGGGGAGAGUAGUAGGAAAACAAUCGCUGUUACUGUCUCUUUAAACUAGUAUCUAUUCCUUCCCCUGUUAGCGCUAUUUUGAAUUUCAUGGUUCUUACAGGUUGCCCUGUGUAUAUAAACACCAAAAAAACACAGCUAAGAGUCUGGUUGGUGUUUCCACCUUCCCAACACUUAGUGUGAGUGUAGCGCUGUAUAAGUGUUCACAGAAGAAAAAUUAACAUACAGAACAUACACUUACCCCUCGGAAUAUGUGGGGGUUGUAUGUGAAAAACAAAACAGAAGACAAAAAUAGUGCAAUACUGUAUGGCAGAAUACCAUCCAGGAGCUCCCCCUCCUGACCUCCCAAAAUACUGUCCAGGGUCCCCCCAUCCUGACCCUCCCAGAUACCACCCAGGAACCCCUUCCUCCUGACCCCCCAAAAUACUGUCCAGGAGCCCCCCUGCAUGACCCCCCCCCCAGAAACUGUCCAUGACCCCCUAUCCUUAUCCCCAUAUUCUGUCCAGGAGCCCCCAUCCUGACCCCCAGAUACUGUCUAGAAGCGCCACCUCCCCACCCCCCAUGUGAUAUUUGCUCUCUCCUGUACAAGGUGAGAGGGAGAAUAGCAUGACAGUAUUUACAAUCCUAGAAGGACAUACUGGAGUUCAAGAUAAGGAAUGUGUUUGUUAUCUGGCUCAAUAUUUACACUUGCCACAGGCUAGUUACAAUUUAUCCCAGGCUAGAAAUUGACCUUGUAGGCUUGCAGCGACAAAUACAUUUAACGCCUGGCUAGUGGAUUAAGACUUGCAAUCUACCAGCACAGGACAAUAUGUGUAUAUUUAUUGGUAACUCGAAUAAAUCCAGUGACGGGAUGCAGAGGGACAACCUGCGUGUGUUCUCUGGACUGGGAUACAAGGGGUUAAUGUUUAUUGCUGAGCGUUUCGCAGAUCCCUGUAAUUACUUUACCCAGGAGGAAACUUGCUGCUAAGUAAGUGAAUGCAUUUAGCUGACUAGUCAUUGGAAAAGGUAUUGGAAAUCAAUAAAUCCCUAAUUUAAUGGUUUUACUCCUGGGAUAUUAUGCAGACAUUAUUCCCGGUCACUUUGCCAUCUAUUGCGUCUUGAGCUCGAGUGGAAAUAAAUAUCGUUGAUUAAAGCACCAUGCAUGUAUUAAUAACAACACAAACACCCAUUACAUUAAACAAUCCAGAUAUUUAAAACCAGUUUUAUGCCUCACAUAUUCUGCUACAGAAACAAUCAAUAUCCUCGCACUGUAACUAUCUGAAGAUCUAAGAAGACAGAUUAAAAAGUCCACUUUUAAUGUGCGGCAGGCAAUGCCUUUUAAUUUGUUUAUUUGUAACCAGCCAGGAUAUAGCAACGUUUCUAUUCACUGUGUUAUUAACCAUGGGGGGUAACUCUACCAGUCUUUCUUCUGAGAUGUGACUGCAUCUUCCUACAUCGACAAACUCUACGAUGUCUGAUCUGUGUCUGUGAUAACUUAAAGAGCUAUUAGAAUCAAUGACAAUAAAAUCCGUCCCGAAUAUGAUCCAAUAUUGACUCAGUAUGAGAUCCACCACCCAUUACAUCAUACACUAACUCAGUAUGACAUCCACCACCCAUUACGUCAUACACUGACUCAGUAUGACAUCCACCACCCAUUACAUCAUACACUGACUCAGUAUGACAUCCACCACCCAUUACAUCAUACACUGACUCAGUAUGGCAUCCACCACCCAUUACAUCAUACACUAACUCAGUAUGACAUCCACCACCCAUUACAUCAUACACUAACUCAGUAUGACAUCCACCACCCAUUACAUCAUACACUGACUCAGUAUGACAUCCACCACCCAUUACAUCAUACACUGACUCAGUAUGACAUCCACCACCCAUUACAUCAUACACUGACUCAGUAUGACAUCCACCACCCAUUACAUCAUACACUUCAGUAUGACAUCCACCACCAUUACAUCAUACACUGACUCGGUAUGACAUCCACCACCCAUUACGUCAUACACUGACUCAGUAUGACAUCCACCACCCAUUACAUCAUACACUAACUCAGUAUGACAUCCACCACCCAUUACAUCAUACACUAACUCAGAAUGACAUCCACCACCCAUUACAUCAUACACUGACUCAGUAUGACAUCCACCACCCAUUACGUCAUACACUGACUCAGUAUGGCAUCCACCUCCCAUUACAUCAUACACUAACUCAGUAUGACAUCCACCACCCAUUACAUCAUACACUAACUCAGUAUGACAUCCACCACCCAUUACAUCAUACACUAACUCAGUAUGACAUCCACCACCCAUUACGUCAUACACUAACUCAGUAUGAGAUCCACCACCCAUUACAUCAUACACUAACUCAGUAUGGCAUCCACCACCCAUUACAUCAUACACUAACUCAGUAUGACAUCCACCACCCAUUACGUCAUACACUGACUCAGUAUGACAUCCACCACCCAUUACGUCAUACACUAACUCAGUAUGACAUCCACCACCCAUUACAUCAUACACUGACUCAGUAUGACAUCCACCACCCAUUACGUCAUACACUGACUCAGUAUGACAUCCACCACCCAUUACGUCAUACACUAACUCAGUAUGACAUCCACCACCCAUUCGUCAUACUAACUCAGUAUGACAUCCACCACCAUUUCGUACACUACUCAGUAUGA